UGUAUUUUUUAAGAAGAAGACUAAAUGAAAAUGACUAAAUGUAGAGGUUAUGAUUUCGAUUUCGGAUCCAAAAAAAGAUAAAAAAUAAUAUUUUUGUUGAUUUUUUUAAAUUGUAAUGGUUGAAUCUGGUCUUCAUCCUCUUUUGAAAAUAUCAAAUCCGGAUGAUAUUAAGAAGUUUUUACAUGAAUGCAUAGAUGAUUUGAUAAGAAAACGUGACAUAAGUUUUGAUAAUUAUAACAGUGGACCUAUAGAAUGGACUAAAGAUGACUUUGAGAAGACAAAACGAUGUGUUCAAUCAUUCUACAAACAAUGUGUGAUAGAAAAUAAAUUCCAGCUAAAUUCUCAAAAUUUGGAAGAAAACAUUCAUGAAGCUUUAAAGAGUUGCUAUGGUAUAAGAAAAAAAGAUAUAUUUCAGCAUUUAGCUAAGUCUUAUAUUCUAAAAAAUGGACAUAACUUAAUAGAAAAUAUAGACUGGAAGUUGAAAUGGAUAUUAGGGUCCUCAGAUUUAACUGUGAUAAAAGAACCUUAUCUUCAGAUUGACUUAAAUGGUAUUGAACUCUGUACUGGAGAGAUAAAAACUACUUGUCUUUCAUUUGAAGCAAAUUUGGAACAAGUGGAUCAACUUAUCAAAGAAUUGGCAGACAUCAAGGCAGAGUUAAAUGCAAAAUAAAUUAUUGUUAAACAUUUUAAAACGUAUUGGUGGCCAAUAUUUGUAAAAAGAGAUUAUAUUCUUUUUCUUUUAUUUAUGCUUUAUUAUUAUUGUAAUAUGUCAGUUACAUACAUUAUUAUGUGCAUGAUAAAAUAUAAAUAUAUUAUAUAUUCACAUAAAAGAAAUCAAACCUAGACAGGUAAUGUCAUAUUGAAAAGAUAAUGUUAUACAAUAAUAUGCUACAAAUAAAUAGAGAAAAUCUGAAAA